GUUUCCUUUCCUAUAUGGCAGAAGUAUCGAUUAUAUUGUUGUUUUGGUGUAGUGCUAUGCGUAUGUAUAAUGCUGAAAAGAAAAAGCAAGGCCGGAGUUCAGUCCAAUGGAAAAAUUUGGCUGGCAUUCCUCCCCAACCUAGCAACAAGGAGUGUGGAUACUUUAUCAUGCGAUACAUGAGAGAUAUCAUUGAGGAUAAAGACAUGUCAUUGUUUCCUAUGAAGUGGGAGAGGAGAGGCAGCAGCCAAUACACCCAAGCAGAUAUUGAUCAAGUGCGAAAUGAGUGGGGAAAGUUUGUUGUCAACACAUAUGUGCAUGAGCCUUGAAGUAGUGCACUUGUUGCUGGUACAAUUUUGAUAAGGAAAGCAUCUUUUUUGUGCUUCUCUGCUGGUACAUUAUUGUCACGCACCAUGUGGCAUGUUUUGGAACAAUACAUAUAUGUGUAUCAGCUUUUUGAUGUCCCAAGUAGAUGGGCAUGCACUAGAAUGCUUUUCUUGUUUAAAAUGUUGGCUUUCUUAUUUGGAAAUGCACCUCUUUUGCUUUUGAAG